ACGACUCUCAUCAUUCCUCACCAGAACAUCAGACCGAAUAGCUGUGGAUUGAAAUCACUGAGAUCAUAAUGCAUUUCACUAGGUGUCUCCUGCUGUCCAUGCUGACAUUAGGAUCAUUAACCAUAUGUUCCUCAGGCCCUCUUCAUGCACAAUGCAAAGUGGAAUGGUACUUUGGACUUCCCUGUAGUCAUGUGUACGAAGCCUUGGUCACUCAGAUUAAACAGUGGAGGACAAUGGCAGGUUGUACUAUGGGUGGGGAAAGGUGUCUAUAUAAGCUCCAGUCAGCCUCCAUCCACUUCAUUGCAGCAAAGCAUACUGCACCAUCGAAGGAAUACGUUGAAGAUAUAAACUUCAGACUGGUUCCUUGUAAAUUCUUCACCCACUGCCAUGUAUCAGCCAUGUCAGUCUCAGAAACCUGGUAUGCUGUUACAGACCAUGGCACUAAUUACUGCAACCUCUACAACUUAAUAGAAGGGUGUGGGCUGACUGAGGCUCCAGGUUAUAAGGAAAUCACUAGUGAAUUCCUUUGCACACAACGAUCUUCUGCCAACUGCAAUGUUUACUGAUGCUGGCGUCCCUUCAAGCUAAAUAUUAGCUGCAGGUGACAUAUCAACAUUAUGGCAAUAGACAUAUGUAUGAAUGUGUCUUAUAUGCAGUGUGUAUAAACUGAUGUAUAAACUGAUAAUGAAAAUUUUGAGUAUUUUAAGAAUUUCCCUCCUUGCCCAUUUUCUUUCUUUUUUUUUUAUGUCAUCCAAAAUUUAAUUCAAGAGGAACAUUAUAUUUUACCUGCUUUCCUUUGCACAAAAGAAAUUGCAAGGGGCAAAUAUAGCUCUCAGUGCUGCUGAGGUGAGGCACUGCUUUCAGAGGAACAUUGUUCUUUUUGAUGCAUAGAGCAGUUUUUCUUUUAAAGACAGCAACAUUUUCUAGAUCCACUCCCAGCCAUGUGGAUUGGAGGGCAGCUUUUAUUAGGACAGCAAUAUAGUCAGCCCAACUCAGCCAUCCAUCAUAGAGAAUCCAGCACGCCUCAAAUCGACACUGUUGGCCUUCUGCAUCACUAUCUCUCUCUCCUGAACAUUACAACUGAUGUGGCCUGUGCUGGACUGAAGAGGGCAAUGUCUGCAAACACUCCACAAUCCAUCGUUUAUUUGAUUGUGGCACAAAUUGUGCAGUUCAUUUUAAUGAGUGAAAGUACAGACUUUCACUUUUUAUAAAAGUUAGUUUAGUAGUGAUAUAUAAUAAUGAUGGUUAAAAGCUUAUUAUAUGCCAUAUUCUGAAAAGUGAUGAUAGCAAAACCUUCUAUAUAGCACAUUGUGUUCUGAUCUGAAAUAUUGUUUAAGUAGUGACUGUUUAAGUAGUGGGGCUGGAGAUAAAAAUGUGCUUAGGUUUUAAUUAAGGAUUCUACAAAACUUUUUCCUUUUCUGCUCCAGGCCUUUGAAUUGUAUGUUUUUAAGCAUUUUUACAAAGAUAAUUAAAGUGUAAUAAGAAUCUAUAGCAGUUAUUUGGGAGGUCUCAAAUUAUAUCAUUUGUGUAUCUAUUUACAAAAGAAAGCAUGCCCCUUAACUGAAAAUAUAUUUCUUUAAUUAUAAUAAAUAUUCUGUACUAAUCAGGUAAAACUCACCUUUUUCUCCAAACACUUAGGUCAAUCUUGACUGACAGCUCUUAAAGACACUUCUAAGACUACAUGGUACAAGCUAGAACUAUAGCAUUUGUGACUGUCUUUUUCCCAGCUUCCUAACCCAACCCUAAAAUGAAUUUGUCAUUGAUGAAAGAGUGCAAAAUCCUGUCAGAACCAAUUAAAAAGCCCCUGGCCCUCCAGGGCAGCAAGCCACAGCCUGACAAGGAAGUGGAGAAAGGUAAUCAGCACCUGGCUAUUGAACAAUAUUGAAAAGCACAACAAUAACACACAAUAAAUCACAGUGAGAGCUAGAGUGGAUAUCCGCUCUCAAGGACAAACAGGUUGUUCUCUCAGGCACAGGACCCACCUUGGAAAAAAAACAACAACAUUUUCUGUGUUCUUUCUACCUUCUCCUUGCAUACUGAUAUACAACUCUUACCAUAUUUUAAGACUAGAUAUUAAGAUGCAGACCAGAUAGUAAACUAGUCUGCAUUGAUCUGCAUGUAAGUGUAUAGUACUGUAAUAUCACACAGAAGCAGAAUAAGGAAUUGGACUUUAGUAAUUACAAAUUGUUCUGUUUGGGUGAUCAUUUGAGUAAAGCAGAUUCCAGGUAUGCUCUCUCUCUCUCACUCUCUCUCUCUCUCUCUCUCUCUCUCUCUCUCU